ACUGUCUCCCAUCCUGGGCACAUUGUUUCCCAGCUCCUGCCACCUGGUUGCAUUGUCCUGCUGUCCUGAGAUGAACAAGUUCCUGCUCAUAUUGCUGCUCCUGGGAUUUUUCUCUCUUGUGAUCUUUCAAGCUCAAGCUGUCGUGUGUAUGGUCUGCAAGAAUUUUAAAAGAGGCAAUUGCUUGAUAGGCAAAGACAACUGCACUGUUGAGUAUGGAUUUGGAUGCAGAACCAGGAAUUUCUUCCUUUUCAACCAGAGAAAUAAAUGGGUACACAAUCACACUGAGUUGGACUGCUACUCCCAUUGUUCAUUUAAUCAUAUGUACCUUGGGCACCUGAAGGUAUCUAGCCAUUGCUGUAAAGAUAAAGAUUUCUGUAACAAAUAUCUAGGAAACUUACCAAAGACAAGACUGAACUAACUGCAAAUUCUUUGGCAGAGACCACUUCAUCUGUUUCUUCUCUUGAAGUCACUGGCCCAUUCCUAACCAUGUGUGCUCCACUGAGUGUGUAGUGCCCUCACAUAAUCUGCAGUAUCAUUCUCUUCUGUCCUGGCCAUUGCUUCCUUCUCUCCACAAUGAGGACUCUCAUUUCCUGUGUGUUUUCUGUCUCUUUCAAGUCCAUCUGGAAUUACCACCAAUCUUCCUUGCUCUGCAUUUCCUCUUGUCUCACAGUCUAUCACUUAUUGCUUUAGUUGCUUUAGUUGGCUAACUUUUUGAUUUCUGGCCCCACUAACUUAGAAAUGACUUUCAGGUUCAUAGAACAGAGAUGGGUUGCAUUUCAUUACAGAUUAGGAAUCUCUGGAAUCAUGGGGAGAUUCUUCUAAGUGGUUAGUAGACAGAGAGAUCUUAGUGCCUAGAAAGAUAUUC